GGUACUUCCUUUUUGAUUCAGCAUUAGUUGUUGUUCUUAAAAUGGCGCCGUUAGACUUGGAUAAAUAUGUCGAGAUUGCGAGACAGUGCAAAUAUCUCCCAGAGAACGAUUUAAAGAGAUUGUGUGAUUAUGUAUGUGACCUGUUACUAGAAGAAUCAAAUGUACAGCCUGUAUCCACCCCAGUUACCGUAUGUGGAGACAUCCAUGGACAGUUUUAUGACUUAUGUGAACUCUUCAGAACCGGAGGUCAGGUUCCAGACACAAACUAUAUAUUUAUGGGAGACUUUGUGGACAGGGGUUACUACAGCUUAGAGACGUUCACAUAUCUGCUAGCAUUAAAAGCCAAGUGGCCAGACCGCAUCACGCUGCUGCGGGGCAACCACGAGAGCAGGCAGAUUACACAGGUCUAUGGAUUCUAUGAUGAGUGCCAAACUAAAUAUGGAAAUGCAAAUGCGUGGCGAUACUGCACAAAGGUGUUUGACAUGCUGACUGUGGCAGCUUUGAUAGAUGAGCAGAUCCUCUGUGUGCAUGGAGGCCUCUCCCCAGACAUCAAGACCCUCGAUCAGAUACGCACCAUCGAGCGCAACCAGGAGAUUCCCCACAAGGGGGCGUUCUGUGACCUGGUGUGGUCUGACCCGGAGGAUGUGGACACCUGGGCCAUCAGCCCCAGGGGAGCAGGCUGGCUGUUUGGAGCCAAAGUCACCAAUGAGUUUGUUCACAUCAACAACCUGAAGCUGAUCUGCCGGGCCCACCAGCUGGUCCACGAGGGCUACAAGUUCAUGUUUGACGAGAAACUGGUGACGGUGUGGUCCGCCCCCAACUACUGCUACCGUUGCGGCAACAUCGCCUCCAUCAUGGUCUUCAAGGACGUCAACACGAGAGAACCCAAGCUGUUCCGUGCUGUGCCCGACUCCGAGAGGGUCAUACCGCCUAGAACGACGACUCCCUACUUCCUCUGAGCACAGCAGCCACGGUUCUUCCCCGCUGUGUCAAUCCCUCCUACACACUCACACACACACCAGUUCUUCUUUUGCUUUUCUUUUUCCCCUCUCCUUUUUUCUAUCAAAUGUUUUUUAAGUGUUCACCAUUCUCUUGAUUGAGCGUUAUUUUAUCGCCCUUGAUCUUCCUCCCUAUUACAUGUGUGUUGGAAGGUAUGGAUUCAGUGACUUUUCCUAUAGAUAGAGAUCGCAUAUUACAUGCCCAUAUAGGCAUCAUAUGAAAUGCCUCUUAUUCUGUAAGAUGAAGUUGGUGCAGAGUAUCCACCCUCCCAUAUAGGAGAGGUUCGGUGCUCCUUAAGCCAUGACUUCAGUGAAUACUUAAAGCCAACCACAUUUCAUGAUGUGAUUUAAAACAAAUGACAUAAAUAAUGAUUUGUAAGUGGAGAACUGGACAUCGAUGUGGUCAAAUCCUUAUUUGGCCUUUAGGCUGUUUCUUUUCUUUUUUUAUUUAAUGUCUUACCACAUUGACAUGUCUGGGUGAGCGAAUGCACCAGAGUACUAUACUGGACCCCAGAAUGAUGAGAGGCACUUGGAACACUCAAGCCAGGCUUGAUUGUGUCAACACAUGUCCAUAACAGGAUUUCCAAACUCUCUUUCUUUCUGGUCGUGCAGUACUAUCUCAGUUUUAUUUCCUCCAAAAAACAGACACUCUGUGUCGGUGGACUCUCCUGUUGCUGUGCUGAAAAUGGAACAGGGUUGUCAGGUAGGAGGGCUAACAGUCUCGAGGACAGAGGGCAGUGAUUAUUUUGUACAUUCAAAUAAUUGUAUUGAUUUUUCUUUUUUCGCAGAUUUGUUGUAUUUUAUUAUUGUAGAGACUGCAACCCACCUACCAUUAAAUAUUGAAAUAAAAACGCCUUUAUUAUUAACUUA